AUGUAUGGAAUCAAAGUACCCUAUGCUUACGCGACCACAGGUGCAAUCGUUGGUGUGCUAUACUAUCUCCAUGAUCAGCCCCUUAGCAAGUGGCCUUCCGGCCUGACCAUCAUUGCUGUACUGUCGAAGCUCGCUUCAGCAGCUCUCAUCUUACCAAUAUCGGAAGCCAUUGGUCAGCUGAAGUGGACAUGGUUUCACGGGAAAAACUCUAGGGACGCGUUCGAUUUCGAAAUCUUCGACAAAGCAUCACGCGGCGCAUGGGGCUCAUUCAUUCUCCUAUAUCGAACAAGGGGUAAGUCGCUUGCCGCACUAGGAGCCCUUUUGACCGUUUUACUCCUGGCGAUCGACACCUUUUUCCAGCAAGUGACGGAUCUUCCGGAGCGCUGGAAAUUAGAGGGCGAAAGCUUCAUCCCACGUGUUAUACGUUAUGAACCAAAAGUCGAAAUGUUGUACGACACUAGUUUCAUGAACAAUGAACCGUCGACUAUAGUCAACACCGAUCUUCAAACAGCAUUGUCUCCGUUCUUCUAUGACAAGAACGGUACUUUUCCUCUCAAGAUCGGAAAUGCUACCCAGGCCGAGAUACCGUUAGUAUGCCCUACUAGCAGGUGCGAAUGGUCAUCUUACGAGACACUGGCGGUUUGUAGCGCUUGUGAAGACGUCUCACAUCUACUUGAUUACGCUUGUCUCAAUACGAGUAUGGAUUGGAUAAAGAAUUCAUCUGGCCUUGGAACGGGGACUUCUUUCCCUGAUGACGCAGUAAUCGUGAGCUCCUCGGACGGUACCGUGGGCAGCGUCUAUGCGAAGACACCCCCGGUCGCCCAGGAGUGUAUGCUGUCAUGGUGCGUCGAGACACUUCGCUCCUUCUAUGAUUCGGGGGACUACGAAGAGCAGGUUGUCGAGACGUUCAUGAAUACGACUAGCGCAGAGUGGCCAUGGUGGACUCAGGACUAUCCCGAGCAGCAGAUGACCCUCACUGAAUUCAGAACAAACAUUAGCAUAUUCCCUCCAUCCGCAAAGAGCGGUGCCAUCCCUUUUGGCAUUUCGAACGAAACCUUUCUAGAUCUUGUCAUCAUCUUCGAUGAGAUCUUCCCUUCACUGAUUACGGUCGCUGAUGGGACGGCACCACCUUUUGUGAAGAUAAGAACAGCCGCAGUCGACAACGUCUAUUCUCGCCUUGUCCACUUCAGCCCGUGGCUCGCUCCUAAUAACGUCGCCUUCCACAUGCAACGGAUGGCCCGCACCAUGACGAAUGUGAUUAGGUCAGACACGAACAGCAAUGAGCUUGUUGUUGGUAUUGCGCAGGCGCUUGAAACUUACGUUGCAGUUCAUUGGGCCUGGCUCACAUUUCCGUUGGUUAUGCUGUGUCUGAGCAUCAUCUUCCUGGUCGCAACCAUGUUGAAGACUUCGAGCAGUAGUCACGAUGAUGUUGGCAUAUGGAAGACAUCAGCAAUGCCAACGCUCAUGUACGGUUUGCCGCAAGACAUGCAGAAGGACAUCAUCUCGACCACGAGCUCGGGCGGGUCAUCGCACGAACGCCCACGCAAGGUCCGAAUCAGGCUGUUGCCAAAACAAGGCUGGAGAGUGUCUGGGCAAGUGCAGCUUGCACCGGCGGCUCCUCCAGGUUUCAUAUAA